CACCCAGCAAAUACCACAAAGUGCACUAGUCUUUGCAGCCAUUAGAGCUUCCUCUCUGUAUUCUCAUUUCUUCCGUUGUUCUUUGCAGUGAGAAAGCUACUAUGGCAACUUCAGCUACACUCUCUAGUACCAUGGUUAGCACUUCCUUCUUCAGAAGGCAACCUGCAACAAGCCUUCGUUCCCUUCCUAAUGUUAGCCAAGCUCUGUUUGGAAUCAAAGCUGGGCGUGGCAGGAUAACAGCCAUCAUGCACAAAGUGAAGCUGAUUACACCUGAAGGACCAAAAGAAUUUGAAUGCCCAGAUGAUACUUACAUUCUUGACGCGGCCGAGGAAGCGGGUAUCGAUCUUCCUUACUCGUGCCGUGCUGGUUCUUGCUCUUCAUGUGCAGGAAAAAUCGUGGACGGGGAUCUUGAUCAAUCGGAUGGUAGUUUCCUUGAUGAUGACCAGAUUAAUGAAAAAUGGGUUCUUACUUGUGUUGCCUAUCCACAAUCUGAUCUGGUUAUUGAGACCCACAAAGAGGAGGAGCUCACUGGUUGAUCAUCUCUAUCUGUUGCAAUGGAAGUUGCCCUCUAGAGGGAGUCACUGUCACUUUUUCUUUCCUUUUAUAUCUUUUUUAAUCAUCUAGUUCAGUUUGUAUGAGUGUUAUGCUUCUGAAAAGAGUAAUUUAAUGUUUUGUAAUUGCAAACAAGAUUCUUGUAUCUUUUCAUUAGAUUACCCGUGUGUAAGCUCCCAUCCCCCUGUCUCUCUGUUCUGUUUUUAUAUUAUAGAAGCUGCUGAUAGUGGGCAAGAAUCCAUUUCCAGA